AAUUGGUGUUGCCUGAUUCCCAUAUUUAUACAUCAAGUAUCAGUUUUCACAUGUUGGCAAUUUGAUUCUUUAGCUUUUACGUCAUUCCGCCAUUUUCUGUCACUUUCGGCGAUAAAUAAUAUCCAUUCUAAAGAUGGUUUUACAGAAGCCACAAAUGAGAGGUCUUUUGACCAAACAAAUCAAAGUUAAUGUCCCAAUUGCUUUGGCAGUUUCUCUAACAGGGGCUGUUUGUCUUAAAGUAUUCUACAAUGAUCCAUUGAAGCAAAAAUAUGCUGAUUUCUACAAGACCUACAAUGCAGAAGAAUCCUUCGAGAGAAUGAGGAAGAAGGGAUUAUUCCAAUCAUGUGAAUAAUUUUAAACCUCCAAGAAUGGGAGAAAUAGUCAGAUAACAAAUUAAUGUAAAAUAAAUAUUUAAAUACACUA